UCUUCUCCCCGGACUCUGACCCAGGCUGGCGAGUCCCGGGGAACCCCUGGCCACUUCGAUCUCGCUCUUCCUCCGACCUCAGGCGUCCUCCCCGGCUCGGGAGGCUCCGAACCCCGGAGAGGCCAGGAGGCGGGACGCGGAGAGCGGUGAGGGGCGCCUCUCCCCAGCCCCUCGCCUGCUUGCUUGGGGGGCGCAAAGGGGGAGAGCCAGAAAGCCGGAGCUGCCGCCGCCACCAAGUCACCCCCGUAUUGCCUUGUGAGGUCCAAGCUUUCGUUGGUGGCAAGAUGACCAUUUGUAUGUUUGCCAAAAGAUUCACUGAAUCAUCGUUGCGUUGACUCUAUCAAAGUGCAAGCCUGGCAAGAAUCCUGCCGUUUUUGCCACCUGAUUCCAUUAUGACUGAGGGCUUAGAUCACAGAUUCAGCCGUCUCACUUGGGAACAAAUCAAAAUACUGGAUCAAGUCCUGACAGAGGUGAUCCCCAUUCACGGAAGAGGGAAUUUCCCAACCCUGGAGGUAAAGCUGAAGGAUAUCAUUUGCGUGGUCAAGGAGCAGUUGGUCAAGAAACACAUCGUCAUCAGGGACAUUCGCCUGAAUGGCUCCACGGCGAGUCACAUCCUUGUGAAGCAGAACGGCACCAGCUACAAGGAUCUGGACAUUAUUUUUGGGGUUGAACUUCCCAGUGAGCAAGAAUUCCAGGUGGUGAAGGAGUCCGUCUUGAAUUGCCUCUUGGACUUCUUGCCAAAAUGCGUCAACAAAGAAAAGAUCACGGCGCAGACCAUGAAGGACGCCUACGUUCAGAAGAUGGUCAAAGUGUCCACCGAUCAUGACCGCUGGAGCCUCAUCUCUUUGUCCAACAACAGUGGGAAGAACGUUGAGCUGAAAUUCGUCAACUCUCUCCGACGCCAGUUUGAGUUUAGCAUCGACUCCUUUCAGAUCAUCCUGGACCCCGUGUUGGACGUUUAUACGCACGAAGACAGCCAACUGUCCGAGGGCUCCCACCCGCCCAUUCUUGCAGAGAGCAUGUAUGGAGACUUUGAUGAGGCCAUGGACCACUUGAAGUACAAAGUGAUUGCAACCAGAAACCCCGAAGAGAUCCGCGGGGGAGGCCUUUUGAAAUACAGCAACCUCCUGGUUCGGGAUUUUAAACCGGUGGAUGAGGCCGAGAUCAAAUCCUUGGAACGGUACAUGUGUUCGAGGUUCUUCAUCGAUUUCCCGGACGUGACGGAGCAACAGCGGAAAAUCGAAUCCUACCUGCGCAACCACUUCAUCGGAGAAGAGAAGAGCAAGUACGAUUACCUGAUGACCCUGCGUGGGGUUGUGAACGAAAGCACCGUCUGCCUCAUGGGACACGAGCGGAGGCAGACCCUGAACAUGAUCACAAUCCUGGCUCUCAAAGUGCUUGGGGAGCAGAACAUCAUCCCCAACACAGCCAACGUCACAUGCUACUAUCAGCCUGCUCCGUACAUCAGUGACAGGAACUUCAACAAUUAUUAUAUUGCUCAUGGACAACCCCCCGUUAUCUAUCAGCCGUAUUCCUUUCACAUACACCUGCAAAGUGGCAUGGUGUAGUUGACAAACAUGGGCAUCUCCUUGCUUUGUCUUGAUGCCCAGCUCAGCCCUUCCAGCCUCCGCCCCACGCUCCUCACAAUAAAGCUCCCGUUACCGCUAAUUUUCCUAUUAUUUUUGAU